AUGAAUCCACCUACACCGCAAUACAUAUUCCGUGGCCACCAAGCAGCAAUAAACACAUUGUGUUAUUUUGGAGAUGACCAGUUUAUUGCAUCAGGAGAUGGAGAUGGAAUUAUUAUAGUGUGGAAAAUGAAAACCCGCCGUCCAGUAUUGAAGUGGAAGGCUCAUGAAGAGAGUUGCCUGUGUGUAAAGGUGUAUAAGGAUCGACUGGUGAGCCAAGGGAGAGAUGAUAAGAUUCAAGUGUGGCAGCUACCUGACCUGGAAGAAAUAGCAGUAGUGGUUUCUGUAUCUGAUGCUCAGAAUCUCAAGCCACCAACCUUGGUAUUUCAUAUUCCUUAUGAUUCACUUAAUUUCUGCAAGUUCUCUCUGUGCAUCAUUCCAGACAGUGUUCUUCUGGCAUUUCCUUCAAAUGGAGACACACCUCUCGUGGAUAUUUAUGAUCUCACCCUUAGGAAAUGGGCUAUCAGAACCAUUGGACUCGGUACCACUGCUGGUCUUUCAAAAAAGGGCCUGUGCAUGGCAGUUGAACUAGUUGAAAAAGAGGAAAAGAUAUGGUUACUGGUUGGAUACGAAGAUGGUUCUGUAAGCAUGUGGUUUUGUGAUGUGAUACAGCGUGUGGCCAGUUUGGUAUGGGAUGUACAGAAACACAAGCAGCCUGUAUUGAGUAUGGCAGUGGACCGAUCAAAUACCUGGGUUGUCUCGACAUCAGCUGACAACCAGAUUAUCAAAUACUCUAUUCAAUCGGGUGAUGUUUUAAAUCAAAUAGCCUUGAAGAAGUCCGGUAUUGCGGCUGUGGCCGUGCGUCCGGACAACAAGAUCUUUGCCACUGCCGGUCAUGACGGAAAGAUCAGGGUCUUUUCUUGUUCAAGUCUGCGUCCACUUGCAAUUCUGACCUACCAUCGUGAAAGUGCUUAUUGUGUGGCAUUUGGUACACAAUCUGACUGCAAUUGGCUCAUCUCUGGUGGUAAAGAUGCGCGUAUCAGUUUGUGGGCAAUUUACUGA